AUGUCCAGGCCAUCUAAAAAACAUAUAAUCUCUCCUGAUGCCUAUAGCACGUGCAAAAGAUUUAAAUCAGUCACUAAAGCGAAUAAUGUGAAACCUUAUAAACACACUGAUCAGUCUGCAUCCUACUCUGAUCUUCCCUCAGCCACACUAAACGUGCACCGUUUACUUGGACAAGACAUAUCACUACCUUGCAUCUCGCUUGUCGAUAUAAAUAAGAGCAGUCACAUACCGUUAGAGUCGACAUCAUUUGUCAGUCCAAACAAAAACACCACAUGUUGUGAGCAGUAUUUAGACAGUGCUGUUGACCCCAAACACCCAGCAAUCUCACAAUCGGCCAUCCUGAGUAGCGGCCCACGGAGUACAUGUAAGCCUGCCUACAAUAGCCAGCCCGGUGAUGUAGAUCUUGACUACUCACCCAGACAUAUACCCCAUCCCCCAACUAAGUGUGCACAAAGUGAACAUCCGCUAGACACCUGCAACAGGCCUGUAUGUAACCAUAUCGACCUUAGAAACUUUGAUAUAAACUCCGAUAAUCUCACCACUGGUAGACCUAAAAGCAGCCAAACAGAACUUAGCCUCACCCAAACUAUUCAAGACCUAUUACCUUACAAAUAUUUAAUCAGUGUUCCAGAAAAUCCCGAUCUGGAAAUUAUAAAAAACACUGAAAAAGUAAUUGACCAUAUAUCAUCUGAAGUGUUGAAAAGACUUCAGUGUAUGCAGAAUGUUAUUGUGUAUAAUAUACCUGAUAGUACGAACAUAAAGAUUGCUAAAAAUACUCUGCUACAAGAAUGUGGAUUGUCGCAAUCUUGGUGUGUAACAAGAAGAUUACGUAAGGCACACACUAAAGCCUCUUGUCCCAUUCUAUUUCAGUUUGGUAGCACCACUGAAGCUAAUCACCUCCUCAAUAGUCAGUCAUUACUGAGGCGUAUUCCAACAUUUAAAAAGAUUAGGAUCAUUCAUGACAGGACCGCUAUCCAGCGUCGAAUCUGCAAUGGAAUACACUGCCCCCCCCCAAAAAACGGAGGCACGUCGGACACUGCUAUUAGUCCUAAGGACAAGACCGCACAUAAAGCAGCUACAACCACUCACCCUCAGCCCAGACACUCAGCUACCCCAAAAUGCCAAACCACUUAUGCCUCAAUAGCGUCCAAGUAUUACCCUAGCGGCCCUUAUAAAAUGCCUAAAAAUGAUCCUCCCAGGGAUUGCGCUAACAGCUACAGACCCGCAGACACCGCUGUGCGAAAUAAUACCAAACUCUCCGUAAAAACCCACCAAUACUCCAGCACCCCUAACCCAAAACAUGCACCUUCUCAUAGUAAUAGAAUGCCCUACAACAAACAUAGUGAACUGGCAACACCCACUCAUCCUAAUGUGAAACGACACUCGACAAGAACCACACCCACACGUGAUACCCAUAAGUCAUAUGGUGUCAACCUUGUAAGCCCCAUGAACCAACACAAAACUAUACACAACAGAAACACCUCUCCUGGCAACAAUAACAGGCACUCCUUCAUCCCUUACCAGAAACAUACAACCUCCCCAACUAACCACAAUAGGACUAAAAUUGCCCGCCGCACACGAGGAAGUCAUAACGCUGGCCUACUUGGGAACCCACCUACAGAUUCUAGGUACUAUCUAAGUCAAGCCACCCAAUACAACGGUUUAGUCCCCCCUAAUUCGACAUGCACACUAUUUCAUCCUUUUUUAUCUCUCUCCCCCUCAACAUUACUGCUAUGGGGUCUCCAAAUGUUGAGGGCGACAAUCCCACUAUUCUGA